AUGGCAGGCGAAUUGAUUCUCUUGGACUUCCGCCUUAGCCCUUUUGCACGAAGGGUGAAAAUUGCCUUGGCUGAGAAAGGCAUAGACUAUGAGUACAAAAAAGAGAACUUAUCGAGUUUACACCCUCUACUUCUAAAGAUGAACCCUGUCAAUAAGAAAAUCCCAGUAUUGAUCCAUAAUGGGAAACCAAUAUGCGAGUUCCUCGUCAUUGUUCAAUACAUUGAUGAGGUCUGGAACCAUAAAUCUCCUUUGUUGCCUUGUGAUCCUUACAAGUGUGCCCAAGCAAGGUUUUGGGCUGACUACAUUGACAAGAAGAUAUUUAGCAAUGGAAGUAGUUUAGUUUUCACUGAAACCCAAAAAGCAGCAAAAAAUGAGCUCAUAGAGUGCUACAAAGUGUUGGAAGCAGAAGUAGGAGAGAAAACAUAUUUUAGGGGAGAGACUUUUGGUUUUGUGGACAUUGCUCUUAUACCCUUUUAUAGUUGGUUUUACUUCUACGAGACAUGUGGCAACCUUAGCAUGGAAGAAGAAUGCCCUAAAAUUGUGGCCUGGGGUAAGAGGUGCAUGGAGAAGGAGAGUGUGUCCAACGCUCUUCCAGACCAGUACAAGGUGUUUGACUACUUCAUGAGGUUGGCAAAGAAUUUGGUGCUCCAUCAGUAA